AACCUCAAAAAAACAAAAAAUAAUAUUAACAAUAAGAAUAAAUAUUUUCUUGUUUAUAUUAAGUAUCUCCAAGGAAAAAAUGGGAAGAAUCUCAUUAGCAGUAUGUUUAGUGUUACUUGUUGCAUUAAGCAAUGUAUAUGAAACACAAGCUCAAGCUCAAGCUCAAGCUCAAGCUCAAGGGAAGACAUUCUCCGUACUCGAUUAUUUGGCUCUCUUUCCCAAAACGGGCAAAGAGUUUGCGCCUUACGCUUCCAAAGGUUUACUAGAUUUCGUAGGUGCCUUGGAGGGUAAGUCUCCCACGACCGUAGAGUUCAAGAACUUCUUCACAAAUCUGAAAGGUUACAUAACGAGUUGCUUUCAACCGGCACCACCCGGAUCAGUCAAAUCUGACCAGCUCUUCACGGCUAUUUCUGCAUUGAAGGGUUCCCAAACCGGAACAUCAUUUGAUUCAUGGAGGUUGAUAGAGGCCUUGGUUUCAAUGGAGAAGCUUUCUACUGAGAUGAAGACAAGCACUUCAAAUGUAAUGCCUGAUCCACAAUGGGAUAGGUUGUCCGGGUCUAUGUUCGAAUGGGUCGGAAGGAUUGGUCUAUUUGUGAAGGCGGUCUCCGAGAUAAAUGGCAAACCAAUCGAGCUAAAACAAUUUGAUAUUGAUUAUACCGACCCUACAUAUGCAUCUCUUUCUAAGCAAUCUAGCGUUCGUCAAUCAACAUCACCGUUCUCGUUACCUUUCUAUUUACGAAACAUUCCCAAAACGGGCAAAGAUGUUGAGCCAUUCGCUUACACAGGCAUGCAAACCUUCUUACUUGACCUAGAAACUAGGUGUCUUGCAAACAAAGAUUUCAAGGAGUUCUUUGUUAAGCUGAAUGACUACAUGGCCAGCUUCAAGACUGUAUCACCUGAUACGUAUUCAAUAGAGAGCGAUAAUAUUUCAACUCAAGCUAUGCACCUAUUCUUAGCUUUGUCUCCAUUGGAUGGUACCCAAGUUGGAAAAUCAGAUCCGUGGAAGCUGGUUGAUGGGUUGGUGACAAUGGGAGAUGCUUUGGUUGAGAUAAAGAAGAGUGGUCCGGGUGCGAUAACGUUUGAACAAAGUAAGGAACUGACAUCGGCCAUGGUGAAAUGGGGUCGAGCAGUAGGUGAAUUCGUGAAGGCAGCUUCUGCUAAGAAAGGAGUAACUAUGGAUAUAUCAUUUGAAAACUAUGCCAGCUCUAAUGCUUCUCCUACUAAAGCAGCAGCUGGAAACGGUGGAAAUAUCCCCACAGGACAAUCAGCAAAGACUAAAGCUUAGUGUACUUCUUCAAGCAAGACGAUUGAGAUUUUUCAUUUUCUUUUCUUUCUUAUUUUUAUUAUUCAAACAAGAAAAAAUUGCAGAAUGUGAGAGAUGAUUUGAAUAAAAUAUAUGUUUCAAACAUCUCGUCCUAAAAUGUAUUAGGAUAUGAUUAUAAAUUUUGUAAAUUACA